UACUCGAGAUCAAGACCAAUCAUCUCGUGUGCUUCUCUCUCUCCCCUCCCCCACACAUGGCCACCACAAUCCUCCGGCGAAACCCUAACCCUCGCUACCUGUCCGAUCCCGACCACAGCCACCAGCGUCGGCGAAAGCGAAGCCCCGAAUCGAUCAAGUCGCGUCCCGCUGCGGUCCCGUCGAAGAACCUCGUGAUGGGCCAGGUCAAGAUCCUGAAGCGCGGCGAACCCUUGACCGCUUUCGCGGCCCUCCACGGAUCUCCUGGCCUCCCCCGCGAUAACCACGCGGCUGUGAAGGGGAAGAUCAAGAAUGGAGACGCCGGCGUCGCGCUGGGGUCUACCGACCGGCUCGGACCCGACCCUGAGAUCGUGCAGAGGCAAAUCCGGGUUGGGGAGUUGCCCGGCGUCUAUGCGGGUCCAGGGAUGUGCGUCUCGUCCCCGCCGCCGAGUUCUGUCCCCGUGCCCUGCUUCUUGGGCAAGAACGACUUGGCGACGUGCAGUUUAAGGCGGCUCUUGGGGCUCGACUUGCCGUGAAUUGAGGGAAAAUUCUCGUGCUUUUGGAGACUUGUGGCAGAUGCGGCAGUGCGUGUGAAUUCCGCGAAUCAGAUGGAUGUGUUUUGCUGGAGAUUUGCUUGUUUGAGAGUCAAAAGGGCUCUCCUUUAUCUUUUCAAGAGGAAGGGGCUUUUGAUUGCAAGCAAAAAGGAAGUUGUUGAAGAUGGAACUUUGGCAGUCUUUAUAUAGAGGAAAUUCGAGAUCGUUGAUCAGGGAACUUGAACGGUUUCUUCUUGGGGUUAAGUUAUGUAUACUUUAGAUGUGUGUAUGUAUUGUAGCCUGUGUGGUUUGUAAAUAUAAGUAUUGGUCUGCAGAAUUGUGAGCGUAGGCAUUAGUCUGCCACUUUGGAAAGAAGUACUGGUUAACUUAUGAUCCUAUGUGGGCGAGAGUUGCUGAUCUUCAUAGAUAUGUCUGAUACUAAGUGUCUGUUGCUUCUAUGUAAUACAUCAGUUUGCUGGAAUAAAGUUUAUGAUGAUGUUUUAUAA